GAGAGAAAAUAAUGAAAAGCAAGAAUUUAGAUGAGUGAUUAUCCAAUACUCCAAUCUCAUGGAAUGCACUUUGAUUUUGAUCUCUCAAUCUCUUCCUCUUUUUCUCUUCUUCCAUGGCUUCUCCACCUAAUUUCUUCUUCACUCCAUGCCUCCCUCUAUUCCUCCGGAUAUGACAAUGGUCGCUGCCCUAAACCACCUCUCCAAACACCAUCUUUGCGGCGGCGGAGGCGGCGGCCACCACUUAAUGAAUGGUGGCCCUCCAAUUUGUGAUCAAUAUUCUUCCUCUUCUUGCAUAGGAUCUGAUCCUCCCAUGGCGGAUGAUGAUGAGUCCUCUCCUAAUUCUCUUCAUCAUCAAUCCCCUUCUAAUACUGAUGAUCAUGAUGCUUGGCUUCAAUUAAGCAUCGGCCGUGUCGGCGUCGGGGGAGACCAAUAUGAGAUACCUCGAACCACCUCCCCUUUGGUCGAGCUAGAUCUAUUACCCGGCGGCCCUGAGGCUGUAAUAACAUCCAAAACGGAGACGAGGACAGAAACAGGAAUAGGGAUGCCUUCGUGUUCUUCUUUCAAUUUGACUGAUAUCAACGUAGCUCAAACGUACCCGUCUACUUCGACCAUGUUAUCUUCUUCUUCUUUUCACUCGAGCAUACCAUCUAUCGCGGUCGACGCCACGGCGGCCGGGACAAGCUCCGAUAUCAGAAUCAUAAACCCUCCCCGGCGGCCCAGUUCGGGUAUUUGGUUUACAUUAAAAGCCUUGGAAAAUCAAAGAAAGCAACCAUUUUUGCCUCAGAUAUCAAAAAGCUAUUUAAGAAUCAAGGAUGAAAAGAUCAAAGUUCGUUUGAUUAUGAAGUAUUUGGUUAAUAAGCUGAAUCUCGAUAGCGAAUCAGAGGUAGAGAUAAGAUGCAGAGGGCAAGAAGUGCUUCCAUUUUGGACAUUGGCGGACGUAAGAGAUAGGAUUUGGUGUAGUUCUUCAUCAGACUCACCCAUCACUUGCUCUCCUCACUCCUCAACCUUAAAUCACUUGAUGCUCCUUCACUAUGGAAGAAAGGAUUAAUUAAUGGCUCCUAAUUAUUCUUUGUAUUUGAUUACUUUCUUAAAUAUACCCGUUGAAAUUGUUAUGAAA